AUGUCGAGCAAGGCAGUCAAUCACCCCAUGGACCGCAAGAAGCGGGAUGCCGACAUUAAUAAUAAACUGCAACUUUAUGGCAUUUACAGUGCAUUUGCCGCUGGCAAGCUACCUUCCAACAAGCAAUGCGACGUUGCCCUGAACAGUGCCGCCAACUCCAAGUGGCUGACGUCCCCGUCUACCGAGCUGUCAGAAGAUGGCCGAACACUCGUGAACGACCUGCGCGCGGUCAUUGAGCAGACCAAACUGCUCUUCCUGACCAAAAACCAGGGCGAGCUACUCCAAGAGUUCAUCUGGGACGCUCAGCACAUCACCGCCGACGACACCCAUAAGCUCACCAGCCCCGUGCAGAGAGACGCUGCACAGCAGGAUGCCACUAAGGCUGCCGAGGGAUUCAAGACGCUCGGCACAUUGUUGAUUACCAACGGUGAAUUCCGCAAACUGUUGAGUGAUGCUGUCAUCCUGUUCCGCGAUAUUGCCGGCGAUGCUGCGUCCAAUGCCGCUGCUAAGCUCAAGCCGGGUGAAGAAGAGCUUGCCCAAAUUGAUACCCCGGCCCAGGAAAACGUAUGGCAUGAGAAGCCCAACAUCUCGAAGGAGCAGCUCAAGGCCCAAUUCCGAGAGCAGGCCCAGAAAUUCAAGCCUGCUGACAAGAAGGACGUUGAUGCCGCUGUUGAGGCCGGUACCCAGGCAGCGACCAGUGGUCGUGAUGGUGCCCCGAUUUCCGAAGCCGAUGCGCAGGCCGGCGCAGCUGCCGUCACUGCAAGCCUCCAGCAAGCCACUGAUAGGAAUGUCGCUCCAGAGGACAAGGAAAAGGCCAAGGAAAAGGCCGAUGAAGCCCAGAAUGCUACCUCAGAAUAUGCUCGCCGAACCAGAGAGUUCCUUGGCAAGAAGAUGCCGAAGGAACGUCGCGACCAGGUCGUGUGGCGUCUUAAGAAGAUGAUUGUUGAAAUCCAGGGACACUCUGAUUACCAGCAGGCUAUCGAGACCCUCCUUACUCUCGCCGAGACCUAUGGUGGUCAUGGAAAGACCAUUACCCAACAAGGGUCAACGAGCGCAAAAGGUGCCACACGGGAUACGAAUUUGCAACAGGCCGGGACUAACUUGAGGACUUUAAUUGAGCGAUUUGCUAACAGCACAUCAACCGAUGACUUCUUUGACUCGCUGAACAACAUUUACCGCGAUGCAGACCGGGACCCACGUCUGAAAGACUGGUUCAAGCACGCCGACACCUACAUUCGCAAAUGCUUGCGCGAGCAAGGUUUCGUUCUGCAGGAUGCUGCUACCACUGAGUGGAACCGACUCUACGACGAAGGCCGCUUCUUGUUGCGCGAUCGUUACCGAAACCAUACCGACCGGAUCGGUGAUGAGAUCAAGUUCCUGGCCAACCAGUUCGACGAGGAUCCCCAGAACAGAGCAUUCCGUCAAUCGUUGGAGAAGCUGUUUAAGGAUCUCGGCCAGGAUCAGUACGGCAAGCCAGUGUUUAAGCCUCACCUGGUCAAGGAUAUCACCAAUGUCAUCAUUCCCGAGAUUUUCCAAAACGUCCGCUACGUUCCAAUUCCUAGAAUCGAAGUCUCAGACCCUGCAGUAGAUAUGGUUAUUGAAAACCUGGUCAUCGAGAGUGACAACUUGAUGCCCAAUGUCGUUGAACUUGGCACCGACAACUACUGGCGCUGGGGCCGCAAAAAGAUCAGCAACAAGGAUGAUCACAAGAUCAUGAUCGCCGCGUCUGGCAUCCAAGCUGAUAUCAGAGAUGUUAGUUACUACGUGAAAAAGAAGCAGGGCUUCCCAUCCAUCAGUGACACUGGUGUCAUGGAUCUCUUCCUCGGCGGCGAGGGAGUUGCCUUCAAGAUUGCUGCUUCCAAGUCCCAGAAGUCUGACAAUUCCUACGUCUUCAAGGUGGACAAGGUUAAUGUCAACAUCAAGAAUCUGGACAUCAAAUUGAAGAAGUCCAAGCACAAAAUUCUCUUUAACAUCUUCAAGCCAAUGCUCUACAGUGUCGUCCGCCCUGCCCUUGAGAAGAUUCUAGAGAAGCAGAUCCGCUCGGCAUUCGAAAAGGCCGAUGCCUUCGCUUACGAGGUGCAGAAUGAAGCUCGGCGUGCCCGGGAAGCCGCCCGCGAGGACCCUGAGCAGGCUGCUAACAUCUUCUCUCGCUACGCCGACGCUGCUCGCCAAAUCAUAACCGAGAAGAAGAAGCAGGCUGAAGCCAUCGCUCAGCGCGAUACUGCCGUCCAGAUGUCCAUGACUCACCAAGAUGCCCUCUUCAAGGAAAUCAAGCUGCCUGGCGACAUCACCAACAAGGCCACCGAGUACAAGGAACAAUCGACCAAGGGCGAGCGCUGGCAAUCCCCCAUCUUCGACUGGGGCAACGCCGCGCCAUCCAAGAACCUGCCAAAGACGGCCGACAUCACUCGCAAACCUCACACCACCGCCGAGGCUACUCUCCGCGAGUCCACUCUCCGCGAGACCAACGGAACCUCCCGACAUGCCACGAACGGAGCUACCAACGGCAACUUCAAGACGGAAGUUGACCGCGCUUUCGACACCAACCCUCCUGUGUCCAGCCUCAACGUCUAA